UUUGAGAAGACAGUUCGCUUCGCUCGCUAGCUAGCUCGGUGCAUCGUCCUCCUCGAUUUCUCUUUCUGCGAAUUCGAUCGCUCGUGCCACAAAGAUCCAUCGUUGUUGUGUAGCAGAGAUCAUCAGUUCCCUCUAAUCAUUUCGAUACUUCAAAACUCCGUUUCCGAGACGCGGUUCAGAUACUGUCUAGGCCUCUGAAUCGUACAGAUCGUUGCUAAGAAUGCUUCAAUGGAUGGGAGGAUCGAGGCGGAAAGUAGCCGCUUCGCACACAUCUGUGAAGAAGAGGCAAAAACAAUACUUUGAGCAGAGGAGACGACAACAGCAUCAGUUCACAGCUGGUUCCGGGAGCUGCAGUAAUGAUAGGAACACUAGUAUUCCACGCCAAUCGUUGGAUAUUCUCAAUUUCAUCAACUUAUCAACCCCUGCUACUCCUAAAUGCAAACCUUCUCGUCCAGAAGAUGAGAAAUUUGAAGAUCUGGAUGCCGGUUUCAACAGUCUGAAGGACAACAUUUCAGGAGUGGGAAGUUCGCUUAACAAUAAGGCAGAAACCACUUCCUCAAAGAGGAUUUCUUCUAGUCUCCCUGACAACCAGACAAAAGAUUUUAAAAAAGCAAACCCAACAGCGGAUCUGAUGGAUGGCGCAGAGCGGAAGUUAUCCGUCUUUGAUUUAGUUGGUGAUGAUGAUCAUACAACCACCAACCUGAAAGACUAUUCUCCAUCUGAGCCUCACAUGGCAUUUUCAGUUGAAGGGUUAGGGAAAAUAAACACGGAAACUCCGCCUAAUUCUCCACAACCAUCAGGCAGAAACUUCGCGUACCGGUGCUGCUCUCCAUGGAAUGAUUCUGGUCAACCCACAUCAAACGUCAGGAAAACGCCCAAAAACUUUGAGAAGGAAGUGGAUCCAAAAAUUGAAAGUAGCAAAAUGUUCCAAGAUGACAAACGUUAUAGGCCUCCCGUUGACAUACAUGCUACACAUGGGGGCAGAAAUCAAAAACUGCGCACUUCCAUUGAUCACUUGCACAAACCAUAUAUCAACGACUCCAGAGGCUACUUCUGUGACACUGCAGAUUUCAACAAAAGCAGUGUCUUUGAUGAAAACGAGUGGAAUGCUAAACCCACCUUUCUAGAUGACGGGGUGGGCGGAUUUUACUGGAAGGACCAACAGCCACGUCAUGAGGAGAGUUUGAACCUUAAUUUCAACAGUUAUGGAAGGGAUUACACUGAGAGUCGCUCUUCUGCAGAACACCAUGGUACAAAGAAGAGGGAUUACCUGGAAACGACCUGGAGGUCCAACAUCGAAGGUUCACCAGUUCGAAGACCACAGCGUCUAGAGAGGACCGUUGGUAAUCCGAGUUUUGAAAAGGAAACAACCCUCGACUUUAAUUUUGACAAAGUAUUUGACUCAUCGGUCUGGUCAUCCGUUGUACUUGAGGAAGACAAAGACAGCCAUAGCUUGCGUAGUGAAGAAUCUUGCUCGUCUAGUGCAGUUUGGGCCAAUGAAACCUCCAAUUCACAUAUUGGGACCAACGCAAGGCAGAGGAAAAGGGAAGCUGAUUCUUUUUGCAACAUUGGAGACAAGAAGCGUUUUGAUAAAGGCCUUUUCCAAGAAUCUUGGGAAGAUUGGGAUGUGGAUGAUCAUCAAUUGAAGAGAAAAGUUGGGUCUGGAAAGCAGGUCAGACUAUCAAACCCAGGAAAGUUGAAAUCUACCAGUCAGAGAGACUCCCCUUUCUGUGGUGGUGGUCUCGACGCUCCUUACAAUUGUUUUGCGGAAGGUUUUACAGCUGCGGGCAUAAGCUCAGAUAUUACAACCGAGAGAGACAAACCAUAUCCUUUCCUAAACCCCAAGGCUGGUAGCUCGCACUGGCGUCAAUCUCGAGCCCCUGAUUCUAUUCCGGAAACAUGGGUUCCUAAGUUUUCAGCAGAGGGCACUGGAUAUGAUGACGAAUACGACUACGUGAACUGUGUGUCAGCAAACCAUAAAUCUAAUCUAGCAGGAGACAUCUGUAGUUUUGGGAGUGACACGAUAUCAGAGAACGAUAAUGAACAAAGCAAUGGAGUGAAUGACCCAAAAGUUCAGGGAGAUGAGACAUCAUCAUCCGUUGCGAAGAGCCUCUCAGACGAAAAUGAGUAUGUACGAGGUAACCCCAACAAGGAGGUCAUGAAAGCUCGGCAUCAAGGAAACAGAGAAUCAGGAGGAGAAAAGACAAGUAGAGAUUCGUUCCAACAAAUGAUAAUGCUGGAAAGACGCACGCUUCAACUCGUUUGCUUAAACAAGACAUUGCUUCUUAACUCUUUAAAAACUUAGGUGAGACAGAAUUUCAUUUCCAUAUCUUCUGUCUUUAAUUUCGAGGUGUCUCUUUAACUGAAAUAAAUACAAAUUAAUGUUUCUUGGGCAUAAGGGAAUGUGCAUAUUUGGUAUAUUUUAGUUGAGGGGUUACACAGAUAUGAAAAUCAACAAUAUGUUGCUGUCUAUACAGGGUUUUAGUGUUUGCGUUUGCACCUACUCUUACAUGGUACUGUAUUUGUCAGUCACAUUACCCACGUUCUGUCUAUACCAUUUUAAGAUG